CGUUGAAUUUCCUUUGCCCCUGAGCUGAAAUUUGCAAACCUCCUCGCUUCCCACGUCGCGCCUCGACCCCUCUCACCGGCACAACUAUGCCUAACGCUCAAGCAAUGCUGCAAAUUUUGCAUAGACCGGCUCUCUGACUUUGACUCUAAGUUUCUUGGCCUUGGCGCCUUUUGCUCUGCGCCGCUUCCUUUCAUUGCUUCAUUGCAAAUCGGAGUGCAUGCUCCCAUCACUCUUUAUCAGUCCUUGCAUAAGGUCAAAGCGGGCUCAUCGGCCAACCAAUGCAUCUCGCUUCACCGGCAAAGCGGCCGCUCUGCGCCGUCACAUCAUGAAGUCCGUCAAUUGAAGGAGGCCCUGUCUCAAAGAUUGUAUCUGACAGCCGGACUCUGAAUCCUACUUCCAAUACCACACUUCCCUCAAGACCGUCUUCGUCGCGUCCAUCACACUCUUUCGUCCUUCGCGACCUGAUCGCGUUCACACUCUCUUGCAGGCAUGGUUCAAUUAAAGCGUCUACAGCAUGGUGCCAAUCUGUUUGCGCUCAUCAGUCUCUUUAGCAACACCGAUGCCUUCUGGCGCAUGCCUUGUGGUCAGUCAUUUGUAACGGCGCGCAUGGACCCCGUCGUCAACCCUGGCCAAAUCGCUUCACAUGUCCAUGCUAUCAAUGGAGCGAGCAAUGUCGACUACACUGUCACUUUUGAUCAACUACGAGCCAGUCAAUGCACGACCUGUGCCGUACAAGAAGACAAGUCACUCUACUGGACGCCGCAGCUAUACUAUGUCAGCCAAGAUGGACAGUACUCAGCUGUCGGCAGCUCUGGGUUGACUGUAUACUACCUACAACGCGGCUCACAGCCAGUCAAGGCUAUGCCCGAAGGUCUGCGCUUGGUGGCCGGAGAUAGCAGCAGACGCUCUUUUGACAGCAGCGAUGUCGCACAACGUGCCAUUGGCUUCUCCUGCAUCGGUGGAAACGGCUACAACAAGGACCUUCGCCAAAUCACAAACUGUGCUAAUGGGCUUCGCGCAGAGAUAUUCUUUCCCAACUGUUGGGAUGGUGUGAAUCUUGACUCAGCCGACCACAAGUCGCAUGUCGUGUACUCUGGCAAUGAUGGUAAUGGCAGAUGUCCUGACUCACACCCUGUUAAGCUCGUCUCGAUUUUCUUUGAGCAGCUCUGGUCAGUAGAUCCUUUCAAAGGCAGGUGGUGGAACGGCACCACUCCGCCAUUCGUCCUUGCAAAUGGCGACCCGACUGGCUUUGGACUGCACGCUGAUGUCAUCUCUGGCUGGGACAAGGACUUCCUCCAGUCCGCCGUCGACCAGUGCAACAACAACUCUGGUCGCAUUGAGGAUUGCCCUCUGUUCAAUAUUCAGCGAGACAUUUCCAGCAAGUGCUCAUCCAAGACGCCUGGUAUGCAAAAGUUCACGCUCAAGACUGAUGAGAACAUCUAUGGGCCUCGUGCUACACUGCCAGGCUGCAAUUCGAUCCAAUAUGGUCCAGAGGCCGCCAAGCCCGGGGUUUGCCUUGCAGACGGUACAACACCGUCACUUCUAAUUGCACAGCCCAAGCCAGUAGGCUUCAGUGCUGCUUCGUCUUCUCCUGCAAAUGUCGUCGGAGCUGCUCAAAACUUGGCGGCUGUCAAGGGAGAUACGGUCCUUUCUACGCCAGCUGCAUCGAAUCCUACGGGCGUUCCUCUUGCUCAAAAUAAUGCUGCUCCUAUCGCACCAAGCGUUGCUCCAAUUGCCAGCAUCAAAGAUCUGUUCGUGGCUGCGCCCCCCGGAGGUGUCGUCACUGUCAAUGCGCCGGUCUCUACCAUGAUCCAGUCUCAGGUAAACAUAAUCAGCACAGUCAUCAUGGGUGUGCCAACGACGCUGGCUACGACCGUGUACAUCACUGUGACCCUGGGUGAUCCAGCGCUCAGCACACCUGUGGCCAAUGUGGCUGCUCUGUCCGCUGGCAACGUUGCUGCACUGCCUGUCUUGGCCUCGCCGACUGGUGCCCCGCAGACGAUUGGCAGUAUUGGAGCAGAUGGGCGCUCCACUAUGAUUGUGCGCACAACUGUGACCGUGCGCGACACUUCCUCCGUCAAUAUUGCUUCUCUCGCUUCAGAAGCGAUUGAGAAGGCUCGUGCGACUGCAGCGGGUGGUGCACCGGCCAACUUUGACGCGGUCGCUGCGUCCCUGGCAAACCCGGCUGGUGUGUGGACAACUUUGACUCGCACAGAGAUUGAGACUGCUACAAUCACAGUGCAGGGCCAGACAGUGGCCACACAGGUCACGUAUGUUCAGCUGUACGUUUUGCCCAUGACGGCUGCUUCCUUGUUGCCUGCGAGUCAGGAGAUUGCAGUUGAAACUGUUGUUGCAACAAUCCCAGCAACCAAGACACAGACUCUAUUCCAGACAGUCAUGCAGACGAUGACAUUGCCUGGUGGACCUUCUAAUGGCACUUCUUUUACCUCCAUGUAGACUGGCUGGUCCAGCGGAGUCCAUAUUUAACAUGCUGCUUGCUCCUUCCUCUC